CAUUUUGAAGUUGUCUAUAAUCAGGAACAAAAACCAAUAAAUAUCCUAAAAAAAUUAGUGAAAAUAUAUUCCUCACUCUGAGGACAGCACUGAAAUUGUUACCUAUAUAAUAAUAAUAAUAAAAAUAAUAAUAAUAAUAAUACUGUCCUCUCUCUAGCAGCUUAGAGAGUAGUUUUGAAGAGCAGAGGAUAUGGCGAAAGGCAAUCUUUUGUCUGAGGGUUGUCCAGGUUUCAGGCAGGCUCCAGAGAAUUCCCAGCAGCACAGAUUUCUGCUCCUGGCUCCUCUUCAACCCACCCACCGGCCUCUGCGGGCCUUGUUCUCAAAGGCAGUUCCCGGUGCAGGUAUCACGGCAACAGCACAGAUGAAAAUGGCGUGGUCCCUGGACCUCCCUCUGCACAACCUUCUUGUCUGCAUCAUCUUGGCCCAGCUGCUCGCCUCUUGCUCAGCUCAGUUUGCUGUGAUUGGACCCCCUGGACCCAUCCUGGCCAUGGUGGGUGAAGACGCUGAGCUGCCCUGUCACCUGUCCCCGAAGAUGAGUGCAGAGAACAUGGAACUGAAGUGGGUGAGAUCCAGCCUCAGGCAGGUAGUUUUCAUGUAUGCACAUGGCAAGGAAGUAGAAGACCGACAGACAGCAGAGUAUCGAGGGAGAACUGAGUUUUUAAGAGAUGGCAUCACUGCAGGGAAGGCUGCUCUCCGAAUUCACAGCGUCAGAGCCUCUGACAGUGGAAACUACCUGUGUUAUUUCCAAGAUGGCAACUUCUACGAAAAAGCCUUGGUGGAGCUGAAAGUUGCAGCUCUGGGUUCGGAUCUUCACAUUGAAAUGAAGGGCCAUGAGGACGGAGGGAUCCACCUGGGGUGCACAUCCACCGGCUGGUAUCCCCAGCCCCAAAUACAGUGGAGAGAUGCCAAGGGCCAGAACAUGCCGGCUGUGGCAGCACCUCCAGCUACAGAUGGAGCAGGGCUGUAUGCAGUCACAUCAUCUCUAAUUGUGAAAAGCAGCUCUGGAGAAGGGGUGUCCUGUAUCAUCAGAAGUCCCCUCCUCAACCGGGAAAAGACAGCCCAGAUUUCCAUUGCAGAUCCCUUCUUCAGGAGGGCCCAGCGCUGGAUCGCUGUCUUCGCGGGGACGCUGCCUGUCUGUCUGCUGCUUCUCGCAGGGGCUGGUUACUUCCUGUGGUUACAGAGGAGAGAAAAGGAGGCUCUAUUCAUGGAGAAAGAGAGAGCAGAAGAGGAAAAAGAAACAGCACGGGCAGAAAAAGAGCAGGAACGAAGAAUAAAAGAGACACUCGAGUAUGAACUGAAGUGGAGAAAGAUCCAGUACCUGGCUCGUGGGGAGAAGUCUCAGGCCUAUCUUGCGUGGAGGAAGGCCCUCUUCCAAGCUGCGGAUGUGAUAUUGGAUCCGAACACAGCAAACCCCAUCCUGCUUGUUUCUGAUGACCAGAGGAGCUUGCAGCGAGCAGACGAACGACAGAAUCUGCCAGACAACCCCGAGAGGUUUGAUUGGCAUUACUGUGUGCUUGGCUGCAAGAGCUUCACGUCAGGGAGACAUUAUUGGGAGGUAGAGGUUGGGGACAGGAAAGAGUGGCACGUCGGGGUGUGCAGGGAGAACGUGGAGAGAAAAUGUUGGAUUAAAAUGACACCUGAGAAUGGCUUCUGGACUAUGGGGCUGUCUGAUGGGAAUGACUAUCGGGCUCUCACUGAGCCCCGGACCAAACUGACAAUUGCCAGCCCUCCUCGAAAAGUGGGCAUUUUCCUGGACUAUGAAACUGGUGAGGUCUCCUUCUACAACGCCGCAGAUGGAUCUCAUGUCUACACCUUCCCGCACACCUCCUUCUCUGGGCCUCUGUGGCCUGUUUUCAGGAUUUUGACCUUGGAGCCCACUGCCUUGACCAUUUGCCCAGCGUUGACAGGAGCGGGGGGUUCCCGUGUUCCUGACCUAGAGCCUGACCUUUCUCCGGAGACCCCAGUGGCCCUGGGCUCAGCUGAUGAGAAUGGGGAGCCUCAGGCUGAAGUAACGUCCUUGCUUCUCCCUGCCCGGCCUGAAGCUGAGGGCCUCAUCCCUAACAGCAACAAAUCACAACCAUAAAAUACCGAAGACACACACUGUGUGAAGCACUUCACUAAUAUUAAUACAAUUAUUUAUUCCAUAUGGACAGUUGAGUUUGAUACCGCCUUAUUUUCUCCUGUAUAUGGAGAAAGAAACCAGGGUGCAGAAAAGUGAAUUCACUUCCCAAAGGUCACUCAGCUAGUAAAUGACAGCUGGGAUUUGACUAUAAAACAUUUACGGAUGACGUAAGUGUACUGGGGGUUGUGUCAAAGCUUUAAAUAAAUGUACUCCUUUAAUCCUCACAGCAACCCUGUGAUAUAGCCUCAUUGCGCGAGUGUGGAAACUGAGGUAGGGCCAAGUUAAGCGAUUUACAUAAUUCAUCAGUUUGUGCUGCCGGGGGAUGUUUGGUCCCUGUCCCCCACCUCCACCCACCCUCUACCCCCUAGCCUGUUUUCCAGCCCGAUUGCCCCUGUGGGGAAGGGACCAUGUGCAGCCCUGAGUGUCCCUUCCCAGGGCGCCUCAGGGUAAGGAUCACUGUAGGUGUCUAUGGAGGCCACACCCCACUGGGUUCCUCCAGUGGGUCAACAGUCAGAGCCAUAGGUCCAGCGCUUUGCUGGAUUGGCUCUGCCGGGUGAGUUGGUCCAGAGAAUGAAUUCACAGUGACUGCAUCACACAGGACUGCAAAGGGACUAAAGGCCAAAAUCUUAACUACUAAAAGGCAUGAGUACCACCACCGCCCCACCCCCUGUCCACCCCCCACCCCCACCCCCCGCCCCGGCCAAUAUGAUAGGUAAUCGUGGAGCCAGAAGCAGUCCUCCUACAUUUAAGGUCUCUAGAAAGCCUAACUUAAUACCUAAAGACUGCCUGUGGAACAAGAAUUUGGGAGGAAUGCAGCUAGAUGAACUUUAGCAGUAUUUUGAUCACACUGUAGAGUCCAUCUCCAGGGAAGGGAUAUUUCCACACCUGAUCAGUUACUGAUGUUAACGGAUGUUCCUUGCAGCUGAUGGGUACCAGGCAGAAGUUACUCUUCAUUAUCAUCACUAUUUUGUUCACCAGUGUAUCCCCUCUACCGGCCGUGUGGUUGUCAAGUUACCUUUGUUAAAUAAAUGUGUUAAUAAUCUUCACUCUUCAACUGACCAUUUUCUAGAUUUUAAGCC